CUUUCUUAGUUGAAGGGAAUGUAACUGAAUUUGUAUCAUCACCAUUACAUAUCUUGUUUUCAUAUGCAGUUCUCGCUUUGAUGACCUCGAUGGGCAUGGCCUACGCUAGUGCAACCCUUCCAAUCUGGCUUCGAUCAACUUUCCACACACCAGAAUGGCAAAUAGGUCUGAUUUUCAUUCCAGCCAGUAUCGCGCACGUCAUAUCAGGACCUCUUAUCGGAUACUGGAAUAAAAUAUUGAAAAGAUGGAGGUGUAUGUUUGUUGGGGUGUUAGCGAUGGCCAUUGGUAUUUCCACGAUUCCACUAGCUCACGGGAUCUGGCACUUGAUUCCCUCUAUGUGCUUCCUUGGAUUUGCAUUUGGUACUGUUGAUAGCACCGUAAUGGGAAUAAUGUAUCAAAUUGUAGACGUUUGGUAUAACGGAGCGUACAGCUUGGCUGCCGCCCUUUUAGUCUUUAAUUUUAGUCUCGCGUACACAAUAGGUACGCUGGCUUCAGGUUCUAUUGUUAGAUUUAUUGGACUUAAAUGGACUAUGUGGAGCUUAUCGAUAGCCAUUCUUGUGUCUUCGCCAUUUUGUUUACUGCUCAGUCGAAUCCCAGAAGAGAAAACAACCCUACCAUCUCCUGAUCAAGAUGCUCCGAACUAUCAACCCGAGACAAUAGAAGAUAAACCACAACCAUCGCUUGAUGAAACCACGCGAUUAAUCAAACGAUGA